AUGAGCAACCUCUCAUGUCGUGGGUUCUCUAUCACCCGUUCAGUGGCCGGGGGAAGGCUUGCCCCGAAGGGUAGCUUUGCCACGUGCUACCACUGCCGCAAUUCGAAGCGAUUCCUCAACGUUUCGGAAUACGGUGGCAUGAAAUUACUCAAGGACCGUGGGAUUCCCACGCCGAUGAACCUCCUGGCGCGGUCACCGAUUGAGGCCGAAAGCAUCACGCGUGAAAUCCUGGAUAACACAAAAUGUGGCCAUGUGGUCAUGAAAGCACAGGUACUCACGGGAGGGAGAGGAAAAGGGAAGUUCGUUGGCACUGAAUUGUCCGGCGUUGAGCUCGUGCAAUCUCCGGAUUUGGCCAAGGCCACCGCCGAAAAAAUGAUCGGCAACAUCCUUGUUACCAAACAAACAGGAAAAUCGGGGCUGAAGUGCAAGGAAGUCAUUGUUGCUGAGAAAUUGAACCUCGCCAAGGAGAGAUAUAUCUCCUUCAUGCUUGACCGCAAGUCCAGUACGAUAAUGGCCAUCGCCACAAAACAUGGUGGCGGAAAUGUGGAGGAGGUUUCAGAAAAAGAUCCCUCAGCCGUUCUUACUGUAGGUAUAAACCCAAUGAAGGGCAUCUCUGACGUCGAAGUGAGCAAAAUAGCCGAUCAUCUGGACUUUUCGGAGAGCCUCAAGGAAGAAACCAAAAAGGUUGUCAAAGGACUGUACGAUACCUUCGUCAAAAAUGACGCUCUGUUGUUGGAAAUCAACCCAAUAUCGGAAACUAGCGAUCAAAAGUUGGUUGCAUGUGACUCAAAAAUCAUCAUAGACGACAAUGCCGAUUUCAGACAGAAAGACAUAUUUGCAUCCGUGGCACCGCCGGAAAACGAACUAGAGGCACGAGCCGUGGAAGCCGGGUUAAACUACAUAUCUCUGGGGGGUAACGUAGCCUGCAUUGUUAAUGGAGCGGGGCUCGCUAUGGCCACAUUAGAUCUGCUGACGCACCAUGGAGGAACACCUGCUAAUUUCUUAGACGUCGGAGGAAGCGCCACUAGCGACAUGCUCGGACAAGCGCUGGAUAUCGUCGCGUCGGACACCAAUGCAAAAGUGCUGUUGGUAAAUAUUGUAGGUGGAAUCGUCCACUGUGACAAGUUUGCAACCUCCUUUGUCGAAGCCACAAAGAAAUCAAAAAUGCAAAUACCUGUCGUCAUGCGUCUCCAGGGCACUAGAGCCGACGCCGCAAAGAAAAUUUUGCACGAAGCCCAAAUACCACACAUUUUUUGCCCAGAUUUUGAUUCGGCUGCAAAAUCGGCCGUCGAGAUUGCAAACGCGUCUUGA